GCGUUGCUCAGAAUGGUUCCAGGGACCCGGUUGGGCAGGUCAGUUUCUCUGCAGGAGGCUGCAGACGCUCGUCCUGGGACAUGGCCCCAGAAGCUCCAGGGAGUUGAACUCACCAGAUGGAUUUCUAAGUGACAUACUAUGGAGCAAUGGGAGAAGAUGCACUCCUGCUGACUAUGUAUCAGAGGACCCUUAACAACAAGGAUGCAGAAAUCCUCUCGCUACAUUUCCAUUGUGAGACCUGCAACCCUAUGGGAGAGGAACAUAUCCCAUGCAAAUCCCAGCCCUCUUCAUGAAAGAGCUGCCUUACCUUGCUCCAGAUUCACUGGUCACAUGAAGAAUUUCUCUGAAUCUCUUAAACUUAGAAGUUUAUGUUUUCUACAUUUUCCAGGAAAGAUUCAGACUCCAGGAGCAUGUAAAAGCCUGCUUUGUGCCCACCCACACACCAUCCCGAGGUCUCCAGUUUUGAGCGCAGCUUCUUUGGAAGAAGAGAGCCAUGCAGAAGCCAGUUCCUUCCAGACACCAUCCAGUGAAUGUGACGAGGCCCUACUGAUCUUCACUGUCAGACGAGAAAUUAAGAGAGCCAGAGCAGCACCUAAAGAGGCUUGGAAGAGUCCAGUUUUGACAAAGAACAUGACAAAAAAGCCUAUUAGAUCCCACUCAGUCACUCCUUUGGACCUGGAGGCUGCAGGCACGCACAUCAAUAGGCAUGCGAGAGUUCAGAACUGGCCCUCCUAUAAUUCUAGGGGAGAUUCUGCCCCACUGGGUCCCGCUGCGAGGCCUUCCACUGCCAUCGGCCUCUGCAGGAAAAGCUAGACCCCCUGGGCUUCGUCGGGUGUCCGGAGUUCCUCGGAGCUGGAGCUGGAGGACAGGAAGGCAGUCCCAGCAGGAGCUCAGGCGGACCCCCAUCGCCAAAGCCGGCCCCCGGGCGCGGCCCUGAGUCCGGCUGGAGGAGGCACAGUUGCCAUGGCACCAGAGAUGCUCCCCAAGCAUCCUCAUCCCCCGGAGAAAAGGGGGCCCAGGGCGGACGCCUCUCUUCACGGCAAUCUGGCAGGAGCUCCCCUUCCUCUGCGGGCCGGUGCUCCCACCCAUCUCCCCUCAAAGAAGUUAAUCAAGGUUCGCUCGUCUCCCUCUGCCCGCCCACCCCAGCGUUUCCAUACGGUUUGUUCACAGACCCCUCCUAGGCCGGAGUUGGGGGUGGGGGGGGGGCGGUGAAUGCUCACUUACAUUGACCGCUGCGAGGGAAUUGUCCGCGGGUGCUGCCCAUCUUCAAAUCAAUGCCUGCCCAGAACAACAGAAAAGGCCUCAGAUGUACUGGUUUCCACAGAACCAUUGUUAGGCUUUUGUGAAGCAGUUUUGAACCUAAUAAAUAAUGUCAAAAGUCUC